UGACUCUCCAAAUGGCAAAGUAUCCAAAGCUAUUUUAUGUGCUUACAGGUAUAAGUGAUGGAGUCUCAUGUGCAAUGUUUUGUUGAGCAGUUCACUAUAAUUUGCAACAAGUCAGUGUCCCACGUGCAGCUGGCAUGCUGCUCUUCUCAUUGUGCUGUACCAUGGCUGGACAAGAAUAUAAGGGUCUACACCACCAACAACCUGAAGCAUCCCUUGGAACUCACUGGUCACUAUGGUGAAGUCUCUGCUAUGGUGUUUGGAACAAUGAAAGAUCGUCUCAUUCUCUGUAGUGCUUCAGAAGAUUAUGUGAUUCUCUGGGACAUUGAUCAAUGCUACAGACAAGUUAGAGAGGGUGCAAUUGCCUCAGGCAGAGUGGUUGGCACAUUGCUAGGAAGAGUUGGGCAUUUGUCCCUGUGUCCACAGACUACAAAAAUAGCAGCAUGCUCGGGCUCUAAAGUGUUUAUUUUGAAUGCAGAGAGAGAGGAGGUGCUCGCUGUGUUGAAGGCUCAUCUUGGUCCUGUGACCGCCUCAGAGUUCUGUCCAUGGGACUUAAAUCUUCUCAUUUCAGUCUCAGAAGACCGAACAUUUAUGGUAUGGGAUGUAAUGAAGGGCGAAAUACUCUUUCAGUCUACAGUACUAUCAGCAUCUCCACUGCUUAGUCUGUUCUUCAUGGAGCACAACAGACAGUUCAUCACAGGGUCUGGUGAUGGACAGCUUUGGUGUUACACGCUCCCUGUGGAUCACAAAUGUCACUUGGCAACAAAACUGGACCUUCAAAAACUCGAACAGAAGCAUCAGAAAACUCUCAGAAAUAUCAACGCAGCUCCAAAUGGAACAUACGGUAUAACUCAAAAUGAUGUGAGAGGAACAGUGGAGACAGUAAAGCCAGUUCUGAGAAUCUGGGCUCAGAGACCAAUGUGUGGUCACGCUAGUAUACAGCAGAGAGGAAGUUAUGUAUGGAUUGGAAGUUCUGAUGGGCUGUAUAUGCUUGACCUGGAUACGUCAGAGCUCCUCAUUACUCUUCCAUUCAAAGGUGACCUGAGUAUCUCAAUGGCAGGGUCGUGGGCCAUCUCCCAUGGACAUGGUGACAAUAUAUUUUGUUUGGUGACGUCUCUAUUUGAGCCUUCAGUUGUCCUGUUGGAGGUUAAUAGUGCUGGACUCAAUGAGCUCUGUUUCAGUCUGGUAGAAGAGCAACUUUCAGUGGUUCCCAGCUCCCCUCUGAUGCCUGCAUCUCCUCUAAAUGCUGAGCAGACGAAACAAGGCCCAAAACUUCAGGGAAAAACAGGUGUGAGCUGUCAGAAGAACAUGAAGGAUCAGGCACUGGUUUUUCACACGCAAGUAAAAUCAUCAGGAUACAGUACAGCUCCUUAUAGGACAAUGUUUAAACCACAGACCAAUGUAAAGAAGAAAAGUAGCACUUCCACCAAAACUAAAACGAAUAAGAAAAGCCUCUUGAGUGAGUAUCCAUCACAAUCUUCAGCCCCAAGUAUUUGUACUACUCACCUGGCUGUUUCCACAACCCCAACAACAGUCAACUCUCUACAUUACUCGGGGGAUGGAAAGCAGAUUUUGUGUGGUCUUGGAGACAGUUCUGUUUUGUUGUACGAGUCUUCACUUACCAAGGAUCCAGCUGUCUACACAGGGCACAGUAAGAACGUAAACUGUGUGAGUUGGAGUCAUAGUAAGCAGUGGUUUUUAAGUUCUUCUGAGGACACCGCCCUGUGCAUCUGGACGGCAAGCGUUGCCGAACCUGUUCUGACCAUGGGAUGUGACCAGUUUGCAAAGUCCAUCAGAAGUGCUCAGUUUUACUAUCUUGAUAAGUUUUUACUGCUGGCAUCGGGAUCAAAUAUACUCCUGUACCUGUACCAUCUGGACACCACCAGAGAUGACAUCAAGAGGUAUAAGCAAAGAAGCAAGUCCAAGCUGACAGGAACAUUUUGUAUGACGACAGGAACAAACAUUACCUCAGUAUCAGCGAUCAAUGACUUCUACUCCUAUAUUGUUUUGGCUGCUGGUGCUGACCGCACCAUACAGGUCUUUGAUAUGAACCACGGCCGUGUGGCUACUCAGAUCCCGGACGCCCAUUCUCGAGCUGUCCACCACCUCGCCCAAAACAAGGGGUCCCUGUUCUGUUCACAGAGCCCAGAAUCAUACAAUCUUUUCCUUAGCAGCGCUAUAACAGAUGGUUUGAAAAUGUGGGACCUGCGCACCGCAAGAUGUGUCCGUCGAUAUGAGAGUCACGUCAAUCGUUGUCAUCAGUGCACUGCUGCCUUCUCACCCUGCGGUCGCUUCAUAGCUACUGGCUCCGAAGACCAAUCUGCUUAUAUAUAUGACACACGCAGCAGCGGCUUUCUUCAUAAGCUCCAGAGACACUCUGAUACAGUCUUAAAUGUCACUUUCAAUCCUGCUAAUCCAGAGCUGUUGACUGGAACACUAAAUGGAAAACUGGCUUUGUUUCAUCCGACCGACUCCUUGCUUCUCCCUUAAGAGUGGGAUGCAACCCAGACGGCUUAGUACUCGGUUUCUCAGGUCCAGCCCUAGUGCAGACUCAGCCUAAUUUAACAUCAGUGCUAUUACUGUACUGACAUUCCACCUCUGUGGGAACUACAUCAUGACCAGGAUCUGUGAUUUCAUCAUUACAGCCACAAGUGAAAACCUACAGAUCUGACAACAUGCUAACACCCUGAAACGCCGAGCCAAAGACGCACCCACGCAGAAAAGGCCAUUUGAACUUCACAUGCUAUUGCAACAAGUUUGCAUGCUGACAAAGACAAUCUGUGAAUUUGCACCAAACACAUGCAUAUACAUGUUAUAGUUGUUUAUGUUUAUUGCACAUGAAUCUAUGCUACCACUUGUUUCUGUGUGACAAAUAAAACAUCAGUAACUUGUGUGGGU